GAUGUUCAGGAGUUCGGGACGUUGUCUAUCCAAAAUAUCCAAGUUACUGAGAAACCAGCGAUAAUAAGAGUGAAGGGAGAGCGUUGUGAAGGCAAACACACAUCAGGAGCCCGAGCACGGCCGUGAUGAAGCUGGAUCUGAGCUGCAGUGUUUGGGUCCUGGCCGUCGGUUUGCUGCCGUUGGUCCAAAUUACUGCCGGAUCCAUUUUGGGUGCAGCUGUUAAUAUCGAACUGCUUGAUCAGGACAGAUCCCAGCCGGUCAGGGCUCAUUACAGCGUGGUGUCCAGUUUGCCCUGUCCGUCCCUGGAUGAGCUGUGUAACGGAGGAGACUGUGUGGAUCAGCUCAGCUCCUCUCCUCUGACAGGGGCUUUACCUUCACCAGGCUGGUGUCUUCAUGAGUGGCAGAAAAACAUUCCUAAACACCACACGUCUGCUCUUCAGCUUGGAUCCGAUAGAGCCGUGCCACUAUAUUCAAGAGCAGAUCUGUCUGUCAGAGCCGACACUAACCGUGUUAACCAGCCUCCGUUUGUGGCUCUUCCCCCUCCAGUCAGGCUACAAGCUGCUUGUCCUCAGCAAAUCCCGGUGAAUGUGAUGGAUUUGGAUGGAGAUGAGAUUCGCUGUCGUUAUAAGAAGACUGACCUUGGUGAAUUUCUGCAGCUUAAUGAAGAGACGUGUACACUGCUGUAUGAAGGUGGAGCGCAUUUGGGUCAAUAUUCAGUACAGAUCAUGGUGGAGGAUUUUCCUCCAUCUCUGAAGAACCAGAUUCGCAGCGAGGCUUUCUCCACUGUAUCGGUGCAUCUCCUAAUAACAGUUGAAAGCGGAGCCGGCUGCUCAGUCGUGCCGGAGUUCACAGGUGUCAGUCCAGCAGGAGGCGCUGUGAUCCACGUACUACCCUUUGAGGAGGUCCAUGUCAACAUUACAGUGGACUCAAGAGUACAGAGUGUGUCUGAAAUUGCUGUGACUGGUCCACCGGGCCUCUUCAUAUCACAAAUGGAAAUAGGCCAGAAUUUCCAGAGCUCCGUCACGCUGUCCUGGGUCAGAGGUCCGAAUCCGUUCACCCAUCUGCUGUCUGUUUGUUUCGCUGCAAAUACUCCGAGCCUGCAGUCUAACGUCAGGUGCAUAUGGCUUCAACAAACGCAAACAGACCCUUUGCCACCCGGAACAGAGUUGAAAUGUAAGGAGCGCGAGCUUCAGAUGUCUCUAGUGCUGCCCAUUACCUUCCUGGAGAAUCUGCAUUUCUCUGCUCUCCAGCUGAAUGAUCCGACCUGCCCAGUGUUUUAUAACUCGACCCACGUCACCGCCACCUUCCCUCUGACGGGCUGCGGAACCAAGAGGAUGCAUUUAGGAUCAGAAUUGGUGUACACCAACACUUUACGCAGCAUCAAUCCCAACACCACUAUAAGCCGUGUGGCCACUCUCAUCCUGCCACUCGCCUGCCGGAUUCCCGGUCAACAAGCUAAAGGUCCAGCUUUUAAGAUCUCCAUUCCUGAAGAAGUGAAGACAUUUGGUGUAGUGUCUUUCUGGCUCGAGUUCCACCCUCCAGGAGAGGGUCCUAUGGCCGCCGAAACGCGUCUGCCGCGUUUGCGCGGUUCACCGCCAGUGCGCGAGGCUCGAGAGCUACGUGCUACACGCAAGAUGGACAAGCUGGACCUGCAUGUGUUUUCGAACUGCUCUUUGGCUCGUGCUGAGCUCAUGGUGGGCCGCUGUGUUGAGUCGGAAACAGAAAACUUUAAAAAUACAAGGCCUCUGCUGAACCAGGGCUGUGCAUCUGGAAAUGGAACCUUGGAGAUCUUGAUAUCAAAUUCAACUGUUCGGAUUUUCCGCUUAUAUCUUGGUUCUUUGGGUAUAAAGGGAGACACGAUGUAUGUUGAGUGUGUAGUGCACCUUUGUGUUACUACCAAACAAACCGACAGGUGUUUGGAUCCAUGUACGGAAACACCGGACCUGACGAUAGUAGACAGCAUUCUGACCCGCAGCUACACUGUGCGCUCAGGGCCUGUUCCUCUCAUUAAAGUUACAGAAACCACUACAACUGCUAAACCAACCCAAACCACUAAUCCAGUCACUCAGCCUUCCACCAGCCAGGUCACAACAGCCUCUGCCUCUCACGCUGUGGAUACAGGUGCAUUCUGGAUAAUCACAGUGUCAUUGUGUGUGCUCAUGCUUCUCCCAUGAACUGUUACUACGCAUUGGAGAACUUUGUAGAGCAGUUCAUCGCUGACUAAUCAAAACAUCUUUUCUUUUUUCUUAACCACCAUUACAAUGUUUCUUUAUAUAUCCUUUAAUCA